AACAAAUAAAAGUUUGGUGGGAGAUUCUACGUGUCCGAAUUGCACGUCACUCGCGCGCCGUCGGGGACGAGCGCGGGGCGGGCGGUGUUCGCGAGGCCGUGCCAAGAUGGCUGCCGAGGAUCUUCCGUCCGAGUUCGACGUCGUCCUCGUGGGCACGGGUCUGACCGAGUCGGUGGUGGCGGCUGCUUGCGCUCGAGUGGGGCAAAGAGUUCUUCACCUGGACACGAGGACUUACUACGCAUCCAAGUGGGCCAGCUUCACUUUGAACGCUUUGCUGACGUGGAUCGACGAGCGUCAGGAGCAGGCGCUCGAGUCGCCAAGCGAUGAGGUCCAGGAUUGGUCCGGUCUGUUGCAAGAUGGCGAGGAGCCAAUCUGUCUGUCAAACGCCGACUCCGCCUCCAUCAGGAACGUGCAGGUGUUCUGUUUUGCCAGUGAGGAAGAGGAAGAUGAGGAGAAGGAGCUUCAACGCCCCAUAGAAGAAGAAGAAGAAAAAGAAGAAGAUUCAUGCGCAGAGUCGAAGGAGCAGCAGGAGGAAAAAGAUGAAGACUCGUGCGCAGAGUCAGCGGGGCAAACGGCCGACGCGCAGCCACGCCAGCGCCAACAACAAGAAGAGGCCGGCGAUGCGGAAAAGGCGGGGCCUGAGCCGCCGCGCCCCCUGGAGGCGGCCGGCGGGAAGAAGAUGACCUUUGCCCACUUGCUCAAAGAAGGCCGAAGGUUCAACAUCGACCUGGUCUCCAAGUUGAUGUACGCCCGCGGCUCAUUGGUGGACCUGCUCAUCAAAUCCAACGUCAGUCGCUACGCCGAGUUCAAGAACGUCACCAGGGUCCUCACCUAUCGCCACGGCAACGUGGAGCAGGUGCCGUGCAGCCGGGCCGACGUCUUUGCCAGCCGCCGGCUGUCGAUGGUGGAAAAGAGGAAGCUGAUGCGUUUCCUGGCUUCCUGCGUGGAGGAAAAGGAGGAGGAGGAGCUCGAGGCAGACGGUGGUCAAACGUAUUUGGAGUUCCUGCGUGACCAGCAGCUGGGCGACAACUUGCAGCACUUCCUGCUGCACUCCAUCGCCAUGGUGACGGAGGACACGCCCACUCGGGACGGCCUGGCCUCCACGCGUCACUUCCUGCGUUGCCUGGGUUGCUACGGCAACACGCCCUUCCUCUUCCCCGUCUACGGCCUGGGCGAGAUCCCGCAGUGCUUCUGCCGGAUGUGCGCCGUGUUUGGGGGCGUGUACUGCCUGAGGCAUCCCGUCAGCUGCCUGUUGCUGGACAAGACCGCCAACAGGUGCACCGCGCUGAUUGACGGCCGUGGCCAGCGAAUCGCGAGCAGCCACUUUGUGCUGGAAGAGGGCUUCCUCCCCACGCAACUGAAGAGCGCGGCCGCCCCUUCCAGGUCCAUCUCCAGAGGCGUUUUGAUCACCAACCGUUCCAUUCUGCCUGGCGACCAGCAUCAGGUCUCUGUGGUAACCAUCCCCUCGUUGGAGGUGGGGCUUCCUGCCGUGAGGAUGGUGGAGCUGUCGCCGUCCACCAUGACGUGCGCCCCGGGAACAUAUUUGGUCCACCUCACCUGUCAAUCACAACUGGGGUCCGCCUACGAGGACUUGUGGCCCGUCGUGACUCGAAUGUUCAACACGGCACAGUCAUGUGACCAAGACUCGCGGCCCGACGUCCUGUGGUGUUUCUACUUCAACAUGGACGACGGGGGUGCCGGCGCGGAGUCGGACGGCGACCGCUUGCCGUCCAAUGUUUACGUCUGCUCCGGACCGGACGCCGAGCUGGGUCACGAGCGUGCCAUCAAGCAGGCUGAGGCCAUCUUCCGCAAGAUCGUCCCCGACCAGGACUUCUGUCCUCCCGCGCCCAACCCCGAAGACAUCCUCUACGACGCAGACGAUCCCGAAGACCCCGCCAACACGAUGGACAAGCGGGACAAAGAUGAAGAGCCCGCCGAGCUCCAAGAGCAGCAGCUUCAGGUUGAAGAGUGACCCAAAAUUGAAGACAUCAAAGAAAAAAAACCCA